UUUGUCUUAAAGCGCCAGGAAGAGCCUUUGGGUACCAGGCGGGUUUAGGUUCUGAUUGAGUUCUUCUGGUUCGUCUCAGAGCUGAAGGCCUGAAGAACAUCAGUUCACCACCAGGGGGAGACAAACUCCCACUGGCUGUUAGAACCGGUUCUGUUCAUGAUGACAGGUCCACCUGCUGCUGUGAUCCACACAGAUUACAUUAAUCCGAUCCAGUAGCAGUUAUCAAACAACACACACAGGUUCUGGUUAUUAUUUUAACUGGUUAUAAGUUUUCUAAGUGUUGAAAGGCGGUUAGCAGAACUACAAGUUAUUACAGAAUCAUGUAAACUAAUAAUCUGGGAAAAAAAACUUCCAGAAAAGUGCUGAAAUACCGAGUUCCUUUAAAUCAAGGCUAAAAUCCCACUUGGUGUCGUCUUUGAUUCAUAACUGUAAAAUGAUCAACUGUCAUCGUUUCCUUCUGUUGGUUCUGUUGGUUCUGUUGGUUCUUUGCUUUCAUCAGGAAGAAACUUCGAACACCAACUACAUCCAAACAGGUUUAGGUACAGAGUCUAAAGUAUCAGAAAUCUGAAGAACAAACAAGUAAACUGAAUUAGAUUUUUAAUGGAAUCAGUUUUAUUUUAAAAGAAUCCCAUAAGAAUAAACCCUGGAUUAUUCUUAUUCUCCUCUAUUGAUGAAAAAUCUUUCUAGUUUAGCGAAAGUCUUUUUCAGCAGCGUCAUGUCGGCUCCUCUAUUGAUCUGAAGCAGUUCGCUGCAGUCUGGAGCCAAACUGCUGCAGGGUCACAGGGGUCAUCGGGGUCAACGUGGAGUCUCCCACGAUCGCGACCAGAUCAGUAUUUAACACCAAACGGAGCUGAGGAACAUCCGUCCUUCUACACAGAAGAACCAGCUGGACGCUGGCAGCAAAACGACAUCGCCGAUGGUGCAAGAGUGAGAUCAGCCCGGCUCCAGCUGUAGACAUCUGUCUAGAGAGGAAGAGGAGGAGAUGGGAGGAAGAGUGUGCAGGGAGAAGGUGAAGGAGGAGAAAAGGAGGAGUCCGGGCAGAGAGGACAGCCUGUCGUCUGCCGACAAAAUCCAAAGAUUCUCCAAGCAGUCUGGACACAACGUCCUGAGCCUGGCCCGCCGUGGACUCAAGGAUGCUCCGGGGGAGCUGUGGGAGCUGCAGGAGCUGGAGAAGCUGAACCUGUCCCUCAACAACCUGAAGGCGCUGCCCCCUCAGCUGGGCCUGCUGUCCAACCUGCUGGUCCUCAACCUGUGGGGGAACCAGCUCAGCAGCCUGCCGGCAGAGAUCGGCCAGCUGAGGAGACUCCGGGUUCUGUUUGUCUACAGAAACAGACUGACGGAGGUUCCUGAGGAGCUGGGGGCCUGCACGCAGCUGGAGGUCCUGAGUCUGGCCAACAACCAGCUCUCCUCGCUGCCGGCUUCUCUCUCCAACCUGACCAGACUCAGGAAGCUCAACCUCAGCCACAACCUCAUGGCUCACCUGCCAGGCUGCAUCUACAGCAUGAAGGCCCUGGUCUUCCUGGAUCUGUCCUGCAACCGUCUGGAGAACGUGGCUGAGAACAUCCAGGCUCUGCUGGAGCUCAAGAUCCUCAUCAUGGAGGGAAACCAGCUCCAGUGUCUGCCCAGAGGCCUCUGCUUCCUCAUCAGGCUGGAGCUGCUCAACCUGGACUUUAACCACAUCAGAGACCUUCCUGAGCCUCCACUGCAGCCUCUACCUUCCACAAACUCUCCGUCUGAACCUCACCCCGGAACCUGGACCCUGGACCGCUUCAAAGACCCCUGCAAAGAGUCCGUAGCCCGGGAGACCGCGGUACCAGAACCUGACAGAACCUCAUCAUCUUCCAGUAAGAUCACUCCAUUUACCUCUGAGAACUCUUUUGUCCUACACACCUCGAACUCACCGUCUUUCCCUCACCAUCCUCGGAGUGCAGACGACCCCGGCUCCCAUCGGCAGGACCAGAACCACACAGCUGCAAACUUCAGAGAUGCACCAUCUGUCCCGCCUGCAGAAGCUGGCCUGCCAUCCUCUGGAUAAAGGUCUCCACAUCGUCCACAACCCGCUGAUCAAGCCCCUGAAGGAGGUGAUGGAGGGAGGACUGGCGGCGCUCUUCAAUUACCUGAGAUCAGGUGGUGAAUAGGGGGUGGGGCCUCUGAAACCUGGGGGCGGAGCCAGUUCCCUCUUGAGGAUGGCAGCGAAGCUUUCUGAAAUCAUGAUGAAGAAUUUUGAAGAACCAGAACUUCAGACCUACUUCAAUCUUCCAGGCAGAGUUUUCACCCACCUGAGGGACAG